CUGGAAACCCAUUCAUUGUACGAGUUAUCUAAGUAAACAUGGCGGACGAUCUUCGAAGCAGGAUAAUGGGCGACGAGGCACGGACAAACAGUGUGAUGAAGACUAUGAUCCUUUUUAGCUUAUCCAUGAUCUUCUUCCCAGUCUUCUUGUAUUUCUUUUCCAAAAGCAUGUUCUUUCAAGGAAUCAUGGGAAUUUCCAGCCAAGACAGCUCUUUCUAUGCAGCGUUUGUUGCCAUAGGAACAGUGCAUAUUAUUCUAGGACUUUUCUUGUACACAGCAUUUACAGAGGACACUUCAAAGCCUUCAGAUCUCAAGGCAGACUAGGAAGAUUGUUCUUACAAGUUAUCAUACAUCUGUAUUAUUUGUUAGAUAUGAAGGGGUAGAUUUGUACAUGCUAAGUAUAUAUUUACAUGUAUGUAUGUAGAUGAAAGAAUGAUGAUUGAACAAUUAUUGUAUGUGCAAUAUUGAUUAUGGUUUUUGUUUUUGAUUAAUUGUACAUUUUUGGGAAUAAUAAAAUGUAACCUGUAUUAUAUGAAUGUUACAGAAUCUUGUAGUCUCAAAAAAAUAUGUGUGCUAGACAGUCCAAUUCAAUUUUAUUACAUGUAGUUAAUUAAAAAUACAUUGAUGAAUAAUAGCAAAAGUAGACGUUUCAAUUUUUAAACUUGAAAGAAAUCACACAACUAAAUGUUAAAUUGCUUUGUAUUGAUUUGUACAUAUACAUGACAUUGUCAAUAUACACAGAAUAUUAACUGUUCUAUGUGUGUUCAAAAUAAUUGAUAAAUGAAACCAAGCACAACUUCUUAUUACUCUGGUUGCUAGUUACAUUUUUAAAAUCCAUGCAUUUUUUUAUGCUUCUUAUUUAUGUGGACAGAGCAAUUAUGGGUUGUUGAAAUAUUGGUGAGAUAUCUUUACAUUUGUAAAUGUGUGAGCAUCUCUUCUCAUGUUUUGAUUCACUUUGUGUGAUGCCAAUGAAACCUAAGUAUUGAAAUGCACUCAGUUUGCUGCUUCAUCUGUUUUGUUUUAAAAUGUACAUUCCAUAGUAUGAAGAUAUUUGCCUUCCAUUUCUUUUUUAAAUAAGAGGAACAUGUAUAU